AUGGAAAGUACUCUUGCUGUCCAACAAUAUAUACAACAAACAAUAAGACGUGAUUUUAAUAAUGUCGAUGAAAUUUUAACUGCUCCAGAGGGUCAAGAUGAGGUUGUUUGGAAGUAUGAACACUUAAGACAGUUUUGUAUGGAACUAAAUGGUUUGGCUGUGCGUUUGCAAGAGCAGUGUACACCGAAAACUUGUCCUCAAAUGACUGCAACAGAACAAUGGAUAUUUCUUUGUGCUGCGCAUAAAACACCUAAAGAGUGUCCAGCUGUCGAUUAUACUCGGCAUACACUUGACGGUGCUGCUUGCCUAUUGAACAGCAGUAAGUACUUCCCUAGUCGGAUAAGCAUUAAAGUGACUUCAGUUAAUCGUCUGGAUUCUGUAUGUCGUCGGGUGUACAGAAUAUUUUCUCAUGCUUACUACCAUCAUCGAGAGAUAUUUGAUGCCUUUGAAGAAUCAACUGCAUUAUGUCGAAGAUUUACAACAUUUGUGUUAAAAUAUAAUCUAAUGAGCAAGGAUAACCUGAUUGUGCCUAUUGCUGGUGCUGCGGACGGUUCAGUGGUUGAAGCGCAAAUUUAA